UUCUCAAUUUAACAUCAGAAUUAAGUGCGGGAUUUAAUACACAAACAAGUACGCACGUGGUUGCAUAGGAAGCUGGGCAACAUAAUAUACCAUCAACACGAGCGUGUGCAUAUACGUAGUUAACUCUGAUUAAUAAGGACUGUGUUCUGAUCUCUUGGUGUAAACGACACUCAAAAUGGGAAAAGGAGAAGGCGAGUCUCUUGAGACAGAAUUUGCAUCCGGUACCACCUGCCAUGGCUUUAACCGCCUGGCCGUUGCUAAGAAAUGGCCUCAUCGGGCGUUCUGGACAGUGGCCAUUCUCUGGGGAUUUGGGAUGACCACCUGGAUGAUUUCCAGUCGGAUUGAAGCUUAUUUUAAGUACGAGACAAGCACAGAAAUCAGAGUGGAAGAGAAAUAUGCGCUCGAGUUUCCCGCGGUGACGUUUUGCAAUUUUAACAAAUACAGAAGAUCCGCCAUGACGGCGUUAGACUGGUAUAUUUAUGCUAACUCUAAACUGGCGGAGAAAUAUGCUUUUGAGGCAGAUUAUGAUCCGGAAGCCACAGCCGCAUUAAGGGCAGCGUUUGAAGGGUUUGAGGCCAAUCUAACGGCAACAUACCCAGGAGGUUUUGACUUCGGGAAUUUCACUAGGAGGAUUGGUUGGGAACUCAACAAUGAAACGAUGCCAUUAUGUCUCUUUCGAAUGAAACAGUGUUUUCCAGAGAAUUUUACCCACGCAUUUCAAUCGGAGUAUGGCAACUGUUACACGUUCAACUCUCAUCAUGAUGAAGACAGUCUGUCGCUACAACAAACCAGACCAGGGGCACAGCAAGGAUUGUAUAUACUGUUUGAUAUUCAGCAGGCCGAAUACACCGAGCUUUUAAGUUUGAAUGGCGCACUGGGCGUGGGUAUUGAUUUUCAAAUACAUAGCUGGUACGAAAGACCUAAUGUGGCACAACACGGUCUUGGUGCAGGUGUCGGUACAGCAGCCUUAGUGAGCAUGCAUCAAAAUGAGCUUCAGAAUUUGGCUCAUCCGUGGGGGAAUUGCAGUAACGACCGAACCCUUAAACACUUUCCCAGAUAUAGUAGAAGUGGGUGUGAGGUCGAAUGCUACCUAGAAAAAGUUUUAGAAUUAUGUGGAUGUAAGCCAUUUUCCUAUCCUGGCAAUGCAGUUAAUUGCAAUCCCGUUGACCAAGUGCUUUGUGCAGACCCUACCAUUUUUAAAGUUGCCUCCAAUUUUCAAAAAGAGUGUGGUGCUCGGUGCCCAGAAGCCUGUCAAAUUAUUGAAUACCCCCCAACAGUGAGUUAUGCACCGUUUCCAAAUUAUUACAUGGCGCAAGAACUGGCCUCGAUGUAUGGAACCAAUGCAAAUUAUGCAAGUGAAAAUUUAGUCGGCUUGAGUAUAUAUUACAAAGAUCUGAACAACCGUCUGACCAAGAAAAACCCAGCCAUGACGCCAUCUGGUUUGCUCAGUGACAUAGGAGGACAGUUGGGAUUGUUUAUUGGCAUGAGUACACUGACCCUAAUGGAAUUCGGUGAAUACAUUAUUUUCAAGAUAAUCCAGUGCUGCAGAAAAAGAAAGCCAAAGACUUCCCAAAGUAAAGGUGUGGCGAAUAAUGUUAAAGUUGACGAAUCCGGCAUGUGAAAUGGACUCUUCGUACCUGUAGAGGAAUGACUACCCUCAUCAUCAACGUUGAGACGGUUGGUUUCUAAUCACAGUUCAAUCACACGAAGGGCGGCUUUAGUACAGUUUACCACUUGCCGUUGAGAAAACGUCCAUCCCGAUUGGAAUUGAUCAUCACACAACGUGAUGUUUUGAGGAUUGCAAUACCAAUACAAGUUGCGACUCGAUUUUUAUAUUCCAUUUCCUUGUACAUUUGUCCUGCUACAAUUCGUCAUAAUGUGGAUAUUGAUGGUGUGGUGCUGUUCAUUUUAACCAUGAUGGAAUGGUAUUGAGUGAUUACUGUUUUGGAGAAUAGUCAUUCGGUUCUUACUAACAGCCAUUUUGUUAAAUUUGAAUGCUUUUGACAGGUAAGGUUCUGCACAUUCUGAACAUUUUGUGCAUUUAACUAUCGGCAUGUUAAUGGCACGAAUAAAACUUUAUCGAACAGGUUUCUAUAGUUAAGUGGAAAUCACAUACGCACGAAUAAACCGUGACAA